AUUGUACUUUUGGAAAUAACUGAAUGCAAUUGGAAUUUCAUCCUGACUCUCAGGCACGAGCGUACAGCGAGUGUAUAGUCUACUGCGCAAGACAGAGGAGGGGGGUGAAGCAUAACGAGAUAAAAAAUGGUCGCUGCUGAACAGAAAUCCUUCACAGUUUAACAGUUCCUGUAACAAGGAUCCGGUGUUUCGACCCGACUGCAGCAGUCGCUCAUCAUUAUACAGACUAUGCGGUAAACUGUGAGUGUGAGUGGAGCUCAGGAGCAGCGUCUGGAUGGGAAUGUCACCGGAAUCCGUAAGCUGUUCAUGGAAUUACGCAUCGCCGCAUAGAAUCAGUUCAACUGAUACAGGGAUUAAUAUUACACAAAGGCAUGUUGUGCAAACUGUAGUGAACACAGGAUUAAAGCGCGUGUGAUCGGAGCAGAGGAGCUGUGCUGUGUGUGUGUGUGUGUGUGAGAGAGAGAGUUAUCGCACUUCUAAAGAACACGAACACAGGUGCAUCAGUCAAUUGCCCGCCGUUUUGCCCAUCCUUGACGACCAGAGUGUGCCAGCUGGGAUUAGUGCCAUCGAAAUCACCCCGGUUCGUAUUAACACUCGGGACAACUCGGUGUUUCACAUGGGAGAGGAGAGGGUUCGGCUGCGUUUCGGUUGGACCCGGACUCGCUGUCAGGGUGACUGCGGAUCAGAAGCUGAGCGGAAGAAACGAUGGGUUGAACUGUUCGACCAGCUCGAUGUGAAUAAAGACGGGAGGAUAGACAUCAAUGAACUUCGCAGUGGCCUCGCGGCGUGGGGGGUCAUCCGCAGUGACGUGGACGAGAUAGUGCGUGUGAGUGAUACCAAUCAUGAUGGACAGUUGGACUUUGAGGAAUUUGCCCAGUAUUUACGCAUUCAUGAGAAAGAGCUCAGACUCAUAUUUCGUAGUCUGGACAACAACAAUGAUGGUCGAAUAGAUGUAGGGGAAAUCCAGCAGUCUUUGCAAAGUCUGGGUGUUAAAGUGUCGAUUGAGCAGGCCUCCCGGAUACUGCAAAGUAUGGACAGAGAUGGCACAAUGACUAUCAACUGGAACGAAUGGCGAGAUCAUUUCCUUUUCAAUCCAUUACACAACAUGGAGGAAAUUGCCCAUUUUUGGAAGCACUCUUUGAUGGUUGAUAUUGGAGAACACCUGACAGUGCCAGAUGAAUUUUCUGAUCGGGAACGGAGGGCAGGAGUGGUCUGGAGGCAGUUAGUUGCAGGAGCGAUUGCAGGUGCCGUAUCAAGAACUGGAACCGCUCCACUAGACAGACUUAAAGUUUUCUUACAGGUUCAUGGAUCAUCAGGUGGUAGCUUGUGGUGUGGACUGCAGCGAAUGGUGCAAGAGGGGGGUAUCAUGUCCCUGUGGAGGGGAAAUGGCAUAAAUGUUGUCAAAAUUGCUCCUGAGUCUGCAAUCAAAUUUAUGGCAUAUGAACAAAUAAAAUGGCUAAUUCGAGGCACCAAGGAUGGGGGUGCACUCAGGGUUCAGGAGAGGUUUGUUGCUGGCUCUUUGGCUGGAGCCACUGCUCAGACUAUCAUCUACCCCAUGGAGGUGUUGAAGACGCGUCUUACUCUACGGAAGACAGGGCAGUACUCUGGGAUAGUAGACUGCGCCAAGCAUAUUUUGCAUAAGGAAGGAGUGCGUGCCUUUUAUAGGGGCUACAUACCUAAUACAAUUGGCAUUAUUCCUUAUGCUGGAAUUGAUUUGGCAGUUUAUGAGACUCUCAAAAAUGCGUGGCUACAGCAAUACUGUAUGGGUUCAGCUGAUCCUGGUGUUUUGGUUUUGCUUGGCUGUGGUACUGUGUCAAGCACCUGUGGCCAGCUAGCCAGUUACCCGUUGGCCCUUAUCCGUACUCGCAUGCAGGCCCAGGCUUACACAGAGGGUGCUCCAAAGCUAUCCAUGGUAGCCCAGUUCAAGGACAUAUUGACCCAAGAGGGUGUCCCAGGCCUGUACCGUGGCAUUGCCCCUAAUUUCCUUAAAGUCAUUCCUGCUGUUAGUAUCUCCUAUGUGGUCUAUGAGCACAUGAAGAAAGUGCUGGGAGUGGAUACAUAGAAACUACAUCAACUGAAUGAAAGUGGGUAUGCCUAAGAAGACUCAUAUGAAGUAGAAAUUCGAAGAAAAAGAGAAGAGAAACAGAAAAGAGAAAGAGAGGGGCCUUGGUGAUGAAGCAGAGGAAUAAUACUUAAAACCCUUUGUCCAUUAUAUAUAAUCUACAUCUAUAUUAAUUUUCAUUAUAACAGAUUGAAAGGAUGGCAGUUCAUUUUAAAUGGUCUGUGCUGUCUUACAAACAUUCCUUAUUACAUUUUAUUGUAAAAACUCAUUAUCGCAGCUGCACUUUAAAUGCUUGUUUAACAAAUGCAGAUAACUAUUUUAAUGAAUAAAACAAAAAAUUAAUGUAUAUUUGAUUUUUUUUAAUUUGCAGUGAUUGCCCUAUACGUUUAUAUCACUUUGUGUGUUGAUGAAUAGUCCAAAAAAAGAUCUCAGCACAUUUUCUAACUGCAUGGUCUGAUUUUUAUUUCUUUCUACAUUGUAAAACAUCCAUACUGAAGGCCUCCAAAAUCUGCUCUGUAAAGCCUUCAUGGCUCUAAUGCAGUGAUGGUAAUUGCUGUUUUUAGAGGCUGGUAACUGCAAAUGAACUUUUUUAGUUUUGGUCUUGCCACCAGUUUCAUCAUGGUGCUUGAUGGGUUUUGCAAAUGCACUUGACAAUACUGUUUUUGAAAGAACUAUUCCACAACCGCUGACCUUCAUGUCUUAAAAUAACAACAAUUGUUGUUGUUACUUAAUUACCUAUUUAUGCGUGAUUUCAUAGUUUUGAAAAAAUUUCAAACAUUGUUCAAGAAUGUGGAAAAUAAAUCCAAACUUGUUUCUAAGCUUUUGACUAGUACCAAUUUUUAUUAAUUUCAAGUUUUAAAAUGUUGUGUGUGCCCUGCGACGGAUUGGCGCUCUGUCCAGGGUGUACCCCGCCUCGUGCUAUAAGUCUCCUGGGAUAGGCUCCAGGCCCCUCACGACCCUGAAUACAGGAUUAAGCGGUAAUGACGAUGAGUGAGUGAGUAAAAUGUUAAUAUUCUUUUAUAAAUAAUUCCUAUUAUGUUUUAUUAUUUUAAAGCUUCUUAUUUGUUUGCUAGAAUGUAAUAGAUUAUUAUAAUGUAAUAAAUUGAGUAUAUUGAAUUUUCCACAAGGGUUGCCACUUAUAAACAGCACUGGAAAUAGCAUAAUUUCUUGAGGAUUACAAUCACUCAGUUCUUUAGAAAUAAUGGAUGAAACACUAUGUGCAUUUAGUCCAUCUUUCUCAAUUCUUCGGGCAAGACGGAAAUGCCAUGUGUGGUCAUAGGCAUACAUAUUUUAUUGGUAAAUGAAUAAAAACUCUUUAAGUUGACCUCUCUGGCAGUUUUCGACGAAAUAAUGUUUAUUCUGCCUAAUCCCUGCUUUCAGCCAGUAUUAUGUUUGUUUAAAGAUGAUAAACAUUAUAUUGUAUUAUAUGUAUAUUGUAACAGAGACUUUAUCAUAGAAGAGUGGA